ACAAUAAUUCUAAAAACAAUGAUUCUGAAAACAAUGAUUCUAAAGACAAUGAUUCCAAAAACAAUGAUUCUGAAAACAAUGAUUUUGAAAAUAGUGAUUUUGAAAACAGUGAUUCUGAAAACA